CUAAUUUGUCCAUUAAAUUAUGCCGAAGCACAUUCUUAUCCCCGCUACAUAAACUUAAUCAAAAACGGAAUUUGAAGCUUCUUCCGAUGCUGCUGGUGCCAAGUACGUAGAAGAAGAACCCACGCCAUGUUUCUAUAAGACUGAAAUGCUGACUGAACCACCCAAUCACACAAAGCCCAACUCAUGGACUCUCUCUUCUCUCUAACACCCACACUCCGACCAUUCAAUAAUUGCAUCCCCCUCUCUCUCACACACUUCACACCCCCAACAAGAGUAAAGGUGAGUGCUUUGCAGCCCCGUCGAAACCACGGAGGCUUGGGUGUGGCCCUGCUCAGCGUGACCGCAAACGCGAAGCUUCGGAUAAGUCCCUUCGUUGCCACGCUGGCAGCCAACCCCACCUUCGUGUCGGGGCUGCUGGCGUGGCUGAUAGCGCAGUCCAUGAAGGUCUUUCUGAAUUUCUUCAUGGAGAGGAAAUGGGAUUUGAGGCUCUUGUUCGCGUCCGGGGGAAUGCCCUCUUCCCACUCCGCCCUCUGCACCGCCCUCUCCACCUCCGUCGCCAUCUGCCACGGCGUCGCCGAUUCCCUCUUUCCGGUCUGCCUCGGCUUCAGCCUCAUUGUCAUGUAUGAUGCUAUUGGCGUUAGAAGACACGCUGGCAUGCAAGCUCAGGUGCUUAAUUUGAUUGUGGCUGACCUGUUUCAAGGGCAUCCAAUUAGUGAAAGGAAGCUGAAGGAACUUCUAGGUCACACUCCUUCUCAAGUCUUUGCUGGUGCUCUGCUUGGCUUUUUAGUAGCCUGUUUCUGUUGUCAAGCUUACAUGGUGGGAGCUUAGGUGAUUGAUUCCAAUGCCAGUUUUGGUCAAACUGUAUUGAUAUCAUUGUUUGCCCUGAUGUUGCCUUAUGGUAUAUGACAUGGCCUGCUUAAUCAGUACACUGUAUCUAAAGGACAAAUAAUCAACCGUAGUAGAAUGUAAAUGAGAUUUUUUUUUCUUCUUCA